AUGGAUGUUAAAGCGAUGAAUAUGUUGCUCUUGAAGCCGAAUUCUACUAUUGAGGCUUCAAAGAAACUAGAUUCGACUAGAAUCAUGGAAAUUACUCAUCAUUUCAAUGAUUUUGAUCCAUACGUUCAAUCCAUCUGGAUUCAAUCGGUCGCUUUCUUAUCCGAAGCGCAAUUUGCAGAAAUCAAAGAUGGGUAUCAACAAUUACUUCAACAAGCAUCAAAAUCUACUAAUGAUUGGGUUUUAUCAACUUAUGAAAUGUUUAAAGAUUAUCCUCAUGUUAAUACUUCCGAGAAAUUUGAAGUAAAUAUUCCGCCACGAAAUGAUGGAUAUGUAGAUCCUUUCAUCAUCCCUCAAUUCACUCCACAACAGAAUGUUCAUUUUACUACAAAGGCAAAGCUUAUGUCACCAAGCGAUUACUAUGCAUUGCAAGAUGAAAAAAUGAAAAAUCAGCAAGCAGCGCAACCUCAGCAGCGUCCAAAUCCAAUUCCACGUCCAACAGGUCAAAUUCUACGUCCAAAUAUGCCAAAGAAGCCACCACCACAAUUUAAUCCAGCCAAUACCAACGAUUUGCUUAGCAGACCAGCUCCAAUGGCACCUCCUGAGAAAAAGAAGAAACGCUCAAAGAUUGUUGACGAUUUCUAA